AGUCCCGGAAUUGAAUUACACAACCAUAUUCUGAGACAGUCACAGGAUUUUUUUUUUUUUUUUAAUUCCUACUUCCUGAAACUGAUGCCAUUUAUGAGAAACAGUGUAUUUCAGAGAGGCUGCACCAGAAUUCACUCUGCUCCAAGUUAGAUUUGCUGGUCUUAAAGUAUUUUUCCUCUUCAAGAUAAAAGAAGUUCUUCUAAAUCAGGAAUGGAUUGAAAUCCAAUGAACUCAAACUUUGGCCAAGGAACGCUGGGCUUAGGGAGCCACUGCUUUUACGAAAAGCCUGCUCUUUGUCCCAGUGAGAGACAUGACCUCAUUCCUCAAAGAUGCUGCAAAUUCUAAUAAAGUCCCAGGUAAGGAGAGGUUGGCCUGGUGGGUUUUUGUUUUUUUUUGUUGUUGUUGUUGUUGUUUUCAAACAGGGUCUAACUCUAUUGCCCUGGAUGGAGUGCAGUGGCACAAUCAUAAUUCAUUGCAACUUCAAACUCUUGGACCCAAGAAAUCCUCCCUCUCAGCAUCCUGAGGAGCUAAGACUACAGAUUGCACAUCCUCGGACUCAACCAACCAUGGAUUGAAAAUAUUUGAAUAAAGAGAUAAGCAGAAAAUGGUGGAUAGGAGGCCGGACUAACUUGCAGCUCCUACUCAGAUGGACAGAACAGCAUGCAGAGACCCACACUGUGAACUUUUACUCCAAGAACCACCACAGGAACAUACCAAGAAAGUCCAGAGAAUCCACAGACCCUUUGAAGGAGGUGGAUUGCCGCUGCAGGCUCUGUGGGACAGCCGAGGAACUGUAAUUGAUCACCCUAGACCCAGGGACACCCAAUUCAUCGUAAUCAUCAUGAAUAAUCAAAAAGCGGUAGCCGCGCUACUGCAAGAGUGCAAGCAAGUGCUGGACCAGCUCUUGUUGGAAGCGCCAGAUGUGUCGGAAGAGGACAAGAGCGAGGACCAGCGCUGCAGAGCUUCACUCCCCGGCGAGUUAAGGACCCUGAUCCAGGAGGCAAAGGAAAUGAAGUGGCCCUUCGUGCCUGAAAAGUGGCAGUACAAACAAGCCGUGGGCCCAGAGGACAAAACAAACCUGAAGGAUGUGAUUGGCGCCAGGUUGCAGCAGUUACUGGCGUCCCUGAGGGCCUCCAUCCUCGCUCGGGACUGUGCGGCUGCGGCAGCUAUUGUGUUCUUGGUGGACCGGUUCCUGUAUGGGCUCGACGUCUCUGGAAAACUUCUGCAGGUCGCCAAAGGUCUCCACAAGUUGCAGCCAACCACGCCAAUUGCCCCGCAGGUGGUUAUUCGCCAAGCCCGAAUCUCCAUGAACUCAGGAAAACUUUUAAAAGCGGAGUAUAUUCUGAGCAGUCUAAUAAGCAACAAUGGAGCAACGGGUACCUGGCUGUACAGAAAUGAAAGUGACAAGGUCCUGGUGCAGUCGGUCUGUAUACAGAUCAGAGGGCAGAUUCUGCAAAAGCUAGGGAUGUGGUACGAAGCAGCAGAGUUAAUAUGGGCCUCCAUCGUAGGAUAUUUGGCACUUCCUCAGCCGGAUAAAAAGGGCCUCUCCACGUCAUUAGGUAUACUGGCAGACAUCUUUGUUUCCAUGAGCAAGAAUGAUUAUGAAAAGUUUAAAAACAAUCCACAAAUUAAUUUGAGCCUGCUGAAGGAGUUUGACCACCAUGUGCUGUCCGCCGCAGAAGCCUGCAAGCUGGCAGCUGCCUUCAGUGCCUACACGCCACUCUUCGUGCUCACAGCUGUGAAUAUCCGUGGCACGUGCUUAUUGUCAUAUAGUAGUUCAAAUGACUGUCCUCCAGAAAUGAAAAACUUUUAUCUGUGUGAAGCCAAAGAGGCCUUUGAGAUUGGCCUUCUCACCAAGAGAGAUGAUGAGCCUGUUACUGGAAAACAGGAGCUUCACAGCUUUGUCAAAGCUGCUUUUGGUCUCACCACAGUGCACAGAAGGCUCCAUGGGGAGACAGGGACAGUCCAUGCAGCAAUUCAGCUCUGUAAGGAAGCGAUGGGGAAGCUGUACAAUUUCAGCACUUCCUCCAGAAGUCAGGACAGAGAAGCCCUGUCUCAAGAAAUUAUGUCUAUGAUUGCCCAGGUGAAGGAACAUUUACAAGUUCAAAGCUUCUCAAAUUUAGAUGACAGAUCUUAUGUUCCAGAGAGUUUCAAGUGCAGGUUGGAUAAACUUAUCUUGCAUGGGCAAGUGGAUUUCCAAAAACUCCUUGACACCCAUUCACAGCACCAUACUUCGGUGUGUGAAGUAUUUGAAAGUGAUUGUGGAAACAACAAAAAUGAACAGAAAGGUGCAAAAACAGGAGUCUGUAUCACUGCUCUAAAAACAGAAACAAAAAACAUAGAUACUGUGAGUACUACUCAAGAAAAGCCACAUUGUCAAAGAGACACAGGAAUAUCUUCCUCUCUAAUGGCUAAGAAUGUUCAGAGGGAACUCAGAAGGGGAGGAAGGAGAAACUGGACCCAUUCUGACGUAUUUCGAGUCUCGUUGGAUCAAGAUGUAGAGACUGAGACUGAGCCAUCGGACUACAGCAAUGGUGGGGGAGCUGUUUCCAACAAGUCUCUGAGUGGCAGCCAGAGCUCCAGUGCUUGGAGCAACUUAUCAGGGUUUAGUUCCUCUGCAAGCUGGGAGGAAGUGAAUUAUCAUGUUGAUGACAGAUCAGCCAGAAAAGAGCCUGGCAAAGAAUAUCUGGUGGACACUCAGUGUUCCACUGCCUUGUCUGAGGAGCUAGAGAAUGACAGGGAAGGCAGAGCUGUGCAUUCGUUGUGUUCAGAGCUUCAGGAUCUCUUUCUUCAGGAACCCAAAGAUGACAAUGCAGAGCCUUCUCAAAAUCAGCCACAUGAACAGUUGCCCUUGACACCCUUCCCUCCUCAUAAUAUCCCAGGUACUUUCUUGGCCCCUGGUGCAGGGCUUCUAGAAGGAGCUCCAGAAGGUAUCCAGGAAGUCAGAAAUAUGGCACCCAGAAAUACUUCUGCUCACUCCAGACCCUCAUAUGGUUCUGCUUCUUGGUCUUCUGAUUCUGGUAGGCCCAAGAAUAUGGGCACACAUCCUUCAGUCCAAGAUGAAGAAGCCUUUGAAAUAAUUGAUGAGUUUCCAGAAACCAACUGUGAUGCGAAAGACAGGCAGGAGAAAGAGCAGGGAGAAGAAAUCGGUAAAAGAGGCACAGGCCCUACAGUUAAAGCUAGUCCCUCCUGGGUUGACCCAGAAGGAGAAACAGCAGAAAGCACGGAAGAUGUACCCUUAGACUUUCACAGGGUCAUGCACAAUUCUCCGGGAAACAUUUCCAUGCUGCCAUAUAGCUCCUUCACCCCUAAUUGGCCUGUUCAAAAUUCUGACUCCAGAAAAAGUGGUGGUUCAGUUGCAGAGCAGGGCAUCGACCCUGAUGCCUCCACGGUGGAUGAGGAGGGGCAACUGCUCGACAGCACGGAUGUCCCCUGUACAAAUGGGCAUGGCUCUCAUAGACUGUGCACUCUGAGAGAGCUGCCUGGUCAGAGGGCUGAGACCCCCAAUUCCUCUGUAAGCAGUAACAUCCUCUUCCCUGUCCUCAGCGAGGACUGCACUACUACCACAGAGGAAGGAAAUGAGCCUGGAAACGUGCCAAAUUGCAGCCAGAACUCCAGUUCAUCCUCAGCGUGGUGGCUGAAAUCACCUGUGUUUUCCAGCGGUUCUUCUGAGGGGGACAGUCCUUGGUCCUAUCUGAAUUCCAGUGGGAGUUCUUGGGUUUCAUUGCUGGGAAAGACAAGGCAAGAGAUCCUUGAGGCUCGCACCUUGCAACCUGAUGACUUUGAAAAGCUCUUGGCAGGAGUGAGGCAUGAUUGGCUGUUUCAGAGACUAGAGAAUACGGGGAUUUUUAAGCCCAGCCAACUCCACCGAGCACAUACUGCUCUUUUGUUAAAAUAUUCAAAAAAAUCUGAAUUGUGGACAGCCCAGGAAACUGCUGUCUAUUUGGGGGACUACUUGACUGUGAAGAAAAAAGGCAGACAAAGAAAUGCUUUUUGGGUUCAUCAUCUUCAUCAAGAAGAAAUUCUGGGGAGGUAUGUUGGGAAAGACUAUAAGGAGCAGAAGGGGCUCUGGCACCACUUCACUGAUGUAGAGCGGCAGAUGACCGCACAGCACUAUGUGACAGAAUUUAACAAGAGACUCUAUGAACAAAACAUUCCCACGCAGAUAUUCUACAUCCCAUCCACAAUAUUACUGAUUUUAGAGGACAAGACAAUAAAGGGAUGUAUCAGUGUGGAACCUUACAUACUGGGAGAAUUCGUAAAAUUGUCAAAUAAUACGAAAGUGGUGAAAACAGAAUACAAAGCCACAGAAUAUGGCUUGGCCUAUGGCCAUUUUUCUUAUGAGUUUUCUAAUCAUAGAGAUGUUGUAGUCGAUUUACAAGGUUGGGUAACCGGUAAUGGAAAAGGACUCAUCUACCUCACAGAUCCCCAGAUUCAUUCUGUUGAUCAGAAAGAUGUCACUACCAAUUUUGGAAAAAGAGGAAUUUUUUACUUCUUUAAUAACCAGCAUGUGGAAUGUAAUGAAAUCUGCCAUCGUCUGUCUUUGACUAGACCUUCAAUGGAGGAACCAUAUAAGUCAUAGGCUGUAUGGAUUGGUAAUGUGACAGACCUUAGUGACGCUCUUAAAUAUCUGGUUCUCUCCUUCCAGGCACAUAGAAUAUGGCACAGUCUGGUCCUUUGGGGCUUGGGCAGGGCCGUGACACAGGUUCUGGCCAAUGAUUUGUGAGAGGAAUUGAUCAGUAUCACUUUAAGUCCUGCAUUUAAUCAGCAGCACGAGAUCCUGCAGAGCCUCUUUCCCUCUGCCACCAUUACCAAGAAUGUGUCAGGAGACCGCUGCUUCUGGGCAUAAGUCCUGCAAGGAAAGCAACAUGGAAAACAGCCCCAACUCACCCAUAAGGGAUGCAAAGCACUGCUGAGAAAGACAUGUGUUGUUUAAGCCAUUGAGAUGUUAGAGCUUUUUGUCACUAUCUAUCAAGACUGAUGCUACUGGGGCUUUUCCUAUUGAUUUGGAAGUUCUUCACAUAUUAAAAAAAUGUGAGCCUUUGUGAUACAAAUUCAAUUUGUUUUUCUGUCUUUUGACAUUUGACUUGCAUAAAAUGUUUAUCUGUGCAUAAUUUU